AUGACCCUUAGUUACUUCCAUCUGCAGGACCACAGCCCCCUGGCCCUCCACAGGGAAAUGAUGGAGGAGGAGCGCCCAGAGGGAGAUGCGGGGCAACUCCAGUGGAAGCCCAAGGUCAAAGAUGAGUUCAAAGACAUUUCCAUGUACUUCUCCAAGGAAGAAUGGGCAGAGAUGGGACAGUGGGAGAAAAUCCGCUAUAGGAAUGUGAAAAGGAACUAUAAAAUGCUGAUUUCUAUAGGUCUCAGAGCCCCUAGACCAGCUUUUAUGUGUUACCAAAGGCAAGCAAUCAAGCCCCAACCAAAUGACACUGAGGAUUCUGAUGAAGAGUGGACACCUAGGCGGCAAGUCAGUCCUCCUUGGGUGGCCUUCAGAGUGGAGCAGACUAAACAACAGAAGGAAAUUCCAAGAAUACCAUUAAAUAGUGAAUCUAAUUUGAAGAAAUUGUCGGGAACAGCAAAUUUUUUCAACACAAGUGGCUCAGAACAUGCCCAAGAACCUGUGUCCUCUCCUGGAGAAGGAAAUACCUCUGGACAACGUUCUGGACAAAAACUGAAACUCAAGAGAAAGACUGUUGAAGUGAAGAUGUACAGUCUUCGAGAAAGAAAGGGUCAUGCAUAUGAAGAGGUCAGCGAGCCCCAGGAUGAUGACUACCUCUAUUGUGAGAAGUGCCAGAACUUCUUCAUCAACAGUUGCCCUGCCCAUGGGCCUCCUACAUUUGUAAAGGACAGUGUGGUGGCCAAGGGGCAUCCCAACCACUCAGCCCUCAGUCUGCCCCCUGGCCUGAGAAUUGGACCAUCAGGCAUCCCUGAGGCUGGGCUUGGAGUAUGGAAUGAGACAUCUGAUCUGCCACUGGGUCUGCAUUUUGGUCCCUAUGAGGGCCAGAUCAUGGAGGAUGAAGAGGCAGCCAACAGUGGAUACUCCUGGCUGAUCACCAAGGGCAGGAACUGCUACGAGUAUGUGGAUGGACAGGAUGAGUCCCAGGGCAAUUGGAUGAGAUAUGUGAACUGUGCUCGUGACGAUGAUGAGCAGAACCUGGUGGCCUUUCAGUAUCACAGGCAGAUCUUUUACAGAACCUGCAGGGUCAUCAGGCCAGGCAGUGAGCUUCUGGUCUGGUAUGGAGAUGAGUAUGGCCAGGAGCUGGGCAUUAAGUGGGGAAGCAAGAGGAAGAAAGAAUUCAUAGCAGGGAGAGAACCAAAGUUAGAGAUCCAUCCUUGUCUUUUGUGCUCUUUGGCCUUCUCCAGUCAGAAAUUCCUCAGUCAACAUGUGGAAGGAACUCAUCCCUCUCAAAUCUUCCCAGGAGCAUCUGCAAUGACAAACUUUAAGCCAGGGGAUUCUGGUCCAGGUCAGCUUCAGGAGCAGCAACAUUCGGAUCCACACAGCAGAAAUGACAAAGCCAGAAGUCAAGAGGUCAAAGGAAAGUCCAGACCCACCCAUAAAAGGCAGAGGAUCUCAAUGGUCUUUCCCAGGCCGCUCAAAGGACAAAUGAGGAAAUCUGAGGAAAGUGAGAGAACAAUGAAAGAAGAACUCAGAACCGGCCAGAAAAUAAACCCAGAGGACACAGGCAAAUUAUUUAUUGGAGUAGAAACCACAACUAUUGCAAGAGAAUGUGGGCAAGGUUUCAGUGACAAGUCAAAUGUCAUUGUGUACCAGAAAACACACACAGGGGAGAAGCCCUAUGUUUGCAGGGACUGUGGGCGGGGCUUUACACGGAAGGCAACCCUCAUCCAGCACCAGAGGACGCACACAGGGGAGAAGCCCUAUGUUUGCAGGGACUGUGGGCGGGGCUUUACACGGAAGGCAACCCUCAUCCAGCACCAGAGGACGCACACAGGGGAGAAGCCCUAUGUUUGCAGGGACUGUGGGCGGGGCUUUACACGGAAGGCAAACCUCAUCCAGCACCAGAGGACGCACACAGGGGAGAAGCCCUAUGUUUGCAGGGACUGUGGGCGGGGCUUUACACAGAAGGCAAACCUCAUCCGGCACCAGAGGACGCACACAGGGGAGAAGCCCUAAGUUUGCAGGGACUGUGGGCGGGGCUUUACACUGAAGGCAAACCUCAUCCGGCACCAGAGGACGCACACAGGGGAGAAGCCCUAAGUUUGCAGGGACUGUGGGCGGGGCUUUACACUGAAGGCAACCCUCACCAGGCACCGGAGGACGCACACAGGGGAGAAGCCUUAG